GACCACGUUAAAGGAAAGAAUCAUGAACUGGUUCCAUGUGAUGAGAGCUCUGCUCCUGCUGGACUUGGGAAUCCAUGGACUUGCUGAAAAUGAUGACGACCAGCCAACCUGUGGAAGACCUGUGAUGGUCAGUAGCCGCAUUGUGGGUGGGCAGGAUGCAACAAAGGGACAGAAUCCCGGGCAAGCGAUCGUGUGGAUUCCUGGUAGACGCUACUGUGGUGGAUCCCUCAUCAGUAGCAACUUAGUUGUGACUGCAGCUCAUUGCUUAGAAGUUCUUGAUGUCUCCUCUGUUAUUGUCAUCCUUGGGGCCUACAAAAUAUCUGGAAACCACAAGGAAGAACUUACAGUUCCGGUGAAACGGAUCAUUGUGCACCCUCGUUACAAUAAAUCGGAUAUUUCUGCAGACAUUGCCCUUAUAGAGCUCACACAGAAUGUGCCAUUCACAAAAAGUAUCCUCCCAGUUUGUGUGCCUUCAGCUUCUGCUGUAUUUCCCCCUGGUCAAAGCUGUGUUGUGACCGGAUGGGGAGACAUUGAGCUGAAUAGAACCAAGCCACAACCAAUUAUUCUACAGGAGGCGGAAGUGCGUUUGAUAAGCACAGAGCAGUGCAGGAGUUACUAUAUUAGUAAGGGAGUUGGGCCUCUCAUUAAGGAUGACAUGAUCUGCGCAGUGGAUAUCCUAGGCCGAAGAGGACCAUGCCUGGGUGAUGGCGGCGGGCCCCUGGUUUGUUACCAGGAUGAGCAGUGGAACUUGGUGGGAGUCGUGAAUUUUGCAUUUGGUUGUGGUAAUGAGAACCCUGCAGUGUAUUCGUUUGUGCAGACCUAUGUGGACUGGAUUCAGCAAUAUAUGUACCCUGUUGAAAAUUAGAACGUAUUGCUCUUUACCUAGGCUCUGCUUUGGAUGAUGGUGCAGAACCCCUUCUUCAUUCUAUUCCUGAGUGUUGCUUCUUGGUUGGGUUGUUAGCUUUGGGGAGCCAGGCUGCUGGAUUUUAGAUUCCCUAUCCAUAAAGCAUUGCUUGAACAAUAUCUACUAGUGCCUCAAUGAAUGGUUUUGAUGCUUAGGCUAAAAUAUAGCACUAGCGUAAAAGGGAGCAGAGACCUUCCCAAAAAACGGAAUCUUGUAUCAUGUACCAGAGUUCUCCUUUGAGAAUCCUCCUUAUAGGACUACAUCAGUCAUCUUGUUGUUCUGCGCAGCUUUGACUUCUCAAUAUAAUUUUAUAAUCAGGCUUGAGAAGGGCAGACAUAGAGCAGUUUAUGUGUUUAGAAAAAGUUUGUUUAAUGGCCCCAUCAAGGUUCUAUUGAAUCAAGAGGAGAAAAUCCAUUGUAUACAGAACAGGGUUCAUUGGAGGAUCCUCCUGUAUUACUUCAGCCUCUGGAUUUGGGGAACUUUGAAAAAAAUAUUUAUAAUGUUACUUUGGGAAUCCCUCUAACAUUGUUGAACUGAACUUUCCAUCCUGCUAUUAACAUACAUGUUAACAUCAUGCUUUGAUGUUUUGUGUCAUAUAUAUAUAUACCCAGUAAACAUGCUCUUUUUCAAUA